UGAUAUGUCAUCUGUCAGCAAAGAUUUUUUUCAGGAAUUGAACUAAAAAUAUAGGACGAGUUAAUAAUUUUAUUAAAUAAAACAAUAAGGAUGGUUCUUACAAAAGAAUAUAGAAUAUGUAUGCCAAUGACAGUGGAAGAGUAUCGCAUUGGUCAGCUCUAUAUGAUUGCUCGUCACAGCUUUGAACAAUCCAGCAAUGGUGAAGGUGUUGAGGUGAUAGCCAACGAACAAAUUACAGAUGAAGUAAACGGUCUAGGGCAAUACACUGAAAAAAGAAUACACUUAUCUAGCCAUUUACCUUAUUGGAUCCAAAGUCUGAUACCAAAAAUAUUUUAUGUGACAGAAAAAGCAUGGAAUUAUUAUCCAUACACAAUAACAGAAUACACUUGUUCAUUUAUACCAAAGUUUUCCAUAUCUAUACAAACCAGAUAUGAAGAUAACAAUGGGACCACAGAAAAUUGUUUAGGUCUGACUCCAGAAGAGCUUGAGUUGAGAGAAGUUGAUUUCAUUGACAUAGCCUUUGAUGAAGUUAAACCGCAUCAUUAUAAAGAAUCCGAGGAUCCAAAGCUGUUCAAAUCUGAGAAAUCCGGUCGAGGGCCACUUGUCGAAGGCUGGAGGGACAAUGACAAGCCUGUUAUGUGCUGCUACAAAGUAGUCCAUGCCAAGUUUGAAGUGUGGGGUCUUCAGACAAAAGUUGAAGAAUAUGUUCAAGGAGCUAUAAGAGAUAUUCUACUUCUUGGACACAUUCAGGCAUUUGCUUGGAUGGACGAAUGGUUCAACAUGACAAUAGAAGAUGUGAGGAGUUAUGAGAAGGAAAUGCAAGAUAAAACUAAUAUGAAGAUUAAAAUUGCAUUGGAGGAAAACGAAGAACAGAAAGAUGAUAGCAGGAAAUCAUCUCAACCGGCUACACCUAAGAGUCCUAAGACUCCGAGUGCUACCACACCAUCCGCUGAAUCUAAAUCAUGGUUCUCUUGGUCAUAGAUUAUAUAAAAUGUUAAAACUAACAUAAGAUACUUGUUAAAUAAUUAUUUUUGUAUCUGUGGUUUUGUUAAAGCUAAUACCACAGAUUACUAAAUAGGUAUCAAGAGGGUUUAUACUUUUAUUCUUCUGUGGUUCUACUAAUCUGUUUAAUAAGCGACAUAUUUCUGUUGCCUUUCCCUUAUUUAAGUUAUUUAGUGGAUAUUUAAGCUCUUAACAUAUUUAAAUAUUUUGUUUAAUAUAGAUGGUGUUUCUAUUUAAAAAUAUUAUAUUAAAAAUUUAAUUUAGGGUACUAAUAAAUAAAGGGUUUUUUUUUCUGUGAAGUUGGCAGAAUGUUACACCUGUUUUGGUAUGGAAAAGCGGUAUAAUAAAAAAAAAACUCCUAACAUUAACGAUUGCUUCCUUAAAUGUAGUAACUUGAUUUACUCGAUACUCGUUUUCAUAUUUCUUAGUUUUAUAAUUUUAAUCUGUAGGAACUCGAUAUUUUGUCUCAAAAUUAAAUAGAGGUUUUACAAUAUCAAGGCGAUUUAAAUUUAAUGUUUAUAUCAAUAUUUAAGAAAAUUUAAGCAAUAUAUGAAGGCUAUGAAAGAUUCACUGUUAGCUCUGUUAUCAAAAAAUUGGUUAAAUAACGUAUAUAACAUAUUCCUUAUCUAGAGUGAUGAGAUUAUUGAUCAGUGCUUUAAAGAAAAUUUUACUAACUACUGCCCUUGUUGAAAUGUGUUUUUGGAUGUAUAAAUAAACCUUUGUGAUAUUAAAUUUGUACAAAAAAAAAAAAUAAACAGUUACCAUAUUAUGUGCUUAGACAAUUUUGUACUAAAUGAAUUAUGAUUUAGUGAAAUGGUUAUCUCAUAGUUAAUAGAGAUGUUACAUUUACUAGUAGAUAUUAUCACUAUUUAUAAUCAUCUUCAUAUGUCCGUGGAACAAAUUGCAUUAUGUAACCAAAUCAUUGUGUAGUUUAAAUGAGUGUGUAGGUAUAUUAUUAUCGUCCGAUAUUGAACUAACACAGGAAUAGUGAAUGUGUUGUCAAAGGUGAAUGACUAGGUUUAAUGAUAAGGAGUCAAGAUGUCAAUCUUUCCAGUUAUCUAGUUAUAUAUAUAUAUCCUGGUGAUUCUUUGUAUAACCUCAUAGUUUUCAUUCAGAUAAAAAUUUAAUGAAUGGAAAUUAAAUUAAUGGCAAAAAUUCAUGUUUGAUUUUUUUUUUUCUAAUAUUAAUGUUAAAAAUUUUAUGUAAUUUGCAUUUCUUUGCCUAUUAGUGGUAAAUUAUUUUUUGUUACGAGUUAUAUAUGAAACUUUGCUGGUAUAAAAAAUAUAAGGGCUAUAUCAAAUUGCUUUUUGUGGGAUUGCAAUUGUGUUUGAUACUUCCAUAGAUUGUCAUUUGUUUUUUUUUUGUUUUGAAAUAAAAUAAAAGAUAAGGCACAUUCCUUGUUGGAGUAUGUAUGUGUUAUACGAUUAUUUUUAUGCGAAUGUCUUUUAUCCGAAUUCUUAUGUAUGUGUAGGAACAAAUGUUCAUAAAUGUCAUAACUUUUAAGUAUAGUGCAAUAUGGCGGGGGGAACUUCUGGCUGAGCUGGCAUCAUAUUAUGGGUAGUGCUCAUACUCAAUGGAAAUGUAUAUAUAAAUAUAUAUGUAUAGAUUGAAAUAUAUUGUAUAAGUUCUGGAAAUAGAAAAUUUUUCGUAUAUUUGAUUUCAAAUAAGCGUUUAUUUGUUUCUUAUAGUAUCUGGAACGUGUAGAUUAUUUAAAAUGUAGAAAGAUAAUUUAUAUGAAAAUAAUAUAAAAAAAUCUACAUAAAUAAAAUUAAUUGAUUAAAAAACAUUAUAUCAUGACUAUGAAUUCUAAAGUCAUGUUAUAAAGCUAAACAGUGUAUGUCCUAAUCGCUAGUUUAGAGGAUAAAUAGUUUGAGGUAUUGACGGCUAACAGACGCCUCUCAUAAUAUGAGUCCAGUUUUAUUAAUAGAUUAUAAAUAAAUUUUGGUUCAAAUA